UACCGUCUCGUCUGCAGAAAAAAUAUUUUCCUCAGGGAUAUGACGAGAAACAAUAGUCAAAACGAAGUUGGUGGUUUUGGGAAACGUAAAUCUUUAGUUAUGCUUAUGGAACGAGAAGAAAAUAAGCUGGUACAGAAAAAAACUCCAAAAUGUUCAAGAUGUAGAAAUCAUGGCAUAAUAACAGCUUUGAAAGGGCAUAAAAAAAUAUGUCCAUGGAAAUCUUGUGAUUGCGAAAAAUGUGUUUUGAUCGCAGAAAGACAACGUGUAAUGGCGGCACAGUUGGCGCUCAGAAGACAACAGUUUGUGAAUAGAUAUAGGCCUACCAAAGAAGAGAAAAAAAAGUUAUCAAAGCACACAGUUGGUGCGUAUGUUUGCAGACAAAUUUUGCGUAAAAUUUUACCUAAAGAAAAUCCGACGUUUGAAAACAACAACAAACAACAAUUCGAGAACCGUGGUUGCACUCACGCAAAUCAGCUUGCAACAUUUUCGCCACAACAUUGCUUGCCGUAUGAUGAACCACACUUUAAUGUAAAUAGUGACGUUGCCAAAACAAGUGAAAACACAGAAGUAUCACCUGAUCGUGUCGAUACCUUCCCGACAAAUGUCGGUAAUAUGUCGGUAGUUUAUUCUGCGUAUAGCGAAAGAUUAGUCCAAGUCUUGCAGAAAAUCUUCAAAGAUAUUCCCGAGAUGACCAUUCGCUCGAUUGUUCAACAAAGCGAGUCUGACUUCAUCACGGCGUCUGAAAUGAUGCUACAGGUUGAACAAUCGAGAAAAGAGCGACGCCAAACAGAAAUUUAUCAAGCACAAAUUUUAAAUGCAUGUCGGGUAAUGACAACGCGUCAGGAUGUGUUUCGUGAUUACGACAACACGUAUCAACCGAACGUUGUUAUUCACAAAAAUUCAGUGAAUAUAGAAACUCUGUUGACUUCAAGACCAGAGUGUUACUAUUCGCACCAAGUCAGCCAUGACACUAGAACCGAGGUAAAUGAGUACCCAAAGCCAUACUACAAUAACCUUCCCGUGGUCAACUUGGAUUACCGCGGUACUCAAAGCGAGAAUUGUUCUGUUAACUUCCAAGCGAAAGCAAAUAAUCCACACCAGGUUGACUGCUAUGCUAAGAAUAAUUAGCUCGUGUUGAUUAGUAGGCGAUGCACGCAAACUAGCAGAGUUUUGUUUAGGAUAUAAAGUUUAACACGAGUGCUAUUUUUGUUGUUGAAUUUCUUUAAGGUUUUGUUUAUCAUUGGAAACAGUUAUUUUGUGUUUCGUUACAUGAUUACAUCCUUCACCGAAGAAACUUUCGCACUAUUUUUCGACCUUUUUUUGUUUAUAAAAAUUUAAUAGUUUCAAUUUUCGUGAGUUAGGCUGAUAUUUCGCGCAAUUUCAGAUCCAUUCUUUUUGACCAACAUCUUUAAUUUCAAACAGUGUGUAAAAUUUUAUCGCGAAAAUUUCUUAUAAGAACAGAAAUUUUGUUUUAUUAUUGAAAGAAGAAAUAUUUAUUGAUAUAUGAAAAUAAUUACAUUUUGUUG